AUGUCCCACUACGGGGGUGAAACGUCAGCGGUCGAAGCAAGCCGGGAGAAGCUAACGCUGAGCCUCUUAGUCUACGACAUCCUGUCGUCGCUCGGCUUGCUCAACAAGCACGCCAAACUACUGUUUUUGGGCCUCGACAAUGCCGGAAAGACAACCCUGCUACACAUGCUGAAGAAUGACCGUGUUGCGAUCCUCCAACCGACGUUACAUCCGACCUCGGAGGAGUUGUCAAUUGGCAAUGUGAGGUUCACGACCUUUGAUCUAGGCGGUCACCAGCAAGCCCGCCGUCUCUGGAAAGACUACUUCCCGGAGGUCAAUGGCGUCGUCUUCCUAGUUGACGCCAAGGACCACGAACGGUUCCCCGAGGCCAAGGCCGAGCUCGACGCGCUCCUAUCGAUGGAGGAGCUGGCCAAGGUGCCAUUCGUCAUCCUCGGCAACAAGAUCGACCACCCCGACGCCGUGUCCGAGGACGAACUGCGCCACCAGCUCGGCAUGUACCAGACGACGGGUAAGGGUAAGGUGCCUCUGGAGGGCAUCCGGCCCAUCGAGGUGUUCAUGUGCUCGGUAGUCAUGAGGCAGGGGUAUGGCGAGGCUAUCCGGUGGCUGUCUCAGUAUGUGUAACGGGAAGCAUUGGGAGGCGGGGGCGUCAACUGGAGCAAUAAUGGGUGCGCCGGGCGGUAGUGGCGGAGUCAGCAACAACGGAUCAAAUCCCGCGGGAAGCCAACGAUAUAUCGAGACUUGGGCAAUGCAUUCUGCUGUCCAACGGGCUGAGCGCAAGUUGGAACAUGCCAAUCUGCUCGGGCCAUGGGGGGAGGGGUUUGCUGUUGGGGAUGUUCUACGAGGUACCCUAGUCUGCUCUACGACUGACAACGAUAUGACUCGGAAAUCAUACCUCUUGUAUUUGCCUUGCAGUUUGAUUUGCCGUCGAAGAAACGGAGGCGCUAGUCGAGGAAUCAUAGCACAAGAGCCGAGUGACGGAGCAACCCCUGAACCACGGUUACUGAGAGCUGACAAUAUACAUGCCGUGUAUUUCUCUAGGGGAUCUCCAACUAAUUCUACCGUG